GCUCUGGGGUGAGUUCUCAGUUGUGCCUCAGUUUCCCCAUCUGUAAAGUGGGCAUAACAGCAGCACCCACCUCACAAGGUUCUUGUGAGGGUUAGUGAGUUAAUCGUCAUAGAGCUGCUCGGAAUAGUUCCUGGCAUAGCAAGACCUAUUAUAUAAGCGUUGGGGAAUACCGUAAAAAUAAAUAAAGCUCCCGAGCCAUUCAUUAGCCUCUGGAUUCGGGAGAGGAUUACACUCCAGAAUAAAGAGGAUAUAACAAAAGAAAAACAAAAUACGCUAUGAUUCAACUGAGUGCUGAGAACUACGGGGAAUGAUAGGAAGAAGCCCCAGAAAGAUGCUCAGACAGGGGCCGUCAGGAGCGACUGGCCCCCUUGGGUCCACCCUCAGGUCGAUGCUCCCCCUGUGCUGGCACCCCCAGCUCCCUGCAUCCCCUGGGCUUCAGCCUCUCGGGAGUUUAAUGAGCUGAGCUACCUACCCAUUGUGGAUCCAGGACGCGCGUCCUCAGGGACCUGCUCCAACAACAAUAAGGAAAUAGACUCUUCUAGAAACACACGAUGGACAACAUGCACCCCUGAGGGGUAUAUAAGCCCCAAGCACCCCAGGCAGCUCACACACCCUCAACCACCCUCUCCGGCACACACACACAUACACUCACACACACCCGCCUCCAGCCCCACCGCCCCACCAUGGCCGCCUCCACCCUGUCCGUCUGCUCCAGCGACCUCAGCUAUGGCAGCCGGGUCUGCCAGCCCGGUUCCUGGGACUCCUGCCCCGACUCCUCCUGGCAGGUGGACGACGGCCCAGAGAGCUGCUGCGAGCCCCCCUGCUGCGCCCCCAGCUGCUGCGUCCCGGCCCCCUGCUUGAGCCUCAUCUGCACCCCCGCCAGCUGUGUGUACAGCCCCUGCCAGGCAGCCUGCACCAGCUCCUGCACGCCCUCGUGCUGCCAGCAGUCUAGCUGCCAGCCCUCCUGCUGUGCCUCCUCCCCCUGCCAGCAGGCCUGCUGCGUGCCAGUCUGCUGCACCCCCGUCUGCUGCAAGCCCGUGUGCUGUGUGCCCGUCUGCUGUGGGCCCUCCCCCUGCUCAGACCCCUCAUGCUGCCAGCAGUCUAGCUGCCAGCCCUCCUGCUGCACCUCCUCCCCCUGCCAGCAGGACUGCUGUGUGCCCGUCUCCUGCACCCCCGUCUGCUGCAAGCCUGUGUGCUGUGUGCCCGUCUGCCCUGGGCCCUCCCCCUGCUCAGACACCUCGUGCUGCCAGCAGUCUAGCUGCCAGCCCUCCUGCUCCGCCUCCUCCCCCUGCCAGCAGGCCUGCUGCGUGCCCGUCUGCUGCACCCCCGUCUGCUGCAAGCCCGUGUGCUGUGUGCCCGUUUGCUCUGGGGCCUCCCCCUGCUCAGACUCCUCAUGCUGCCAGCAGUCUAGCUGCCAGCCGUCCUGCUGCACCUCCUCCCCCUGCCAGCAGGCCUGCUGCGUGCCCGUCUCCUGCACACCCGCCUGCUCCAAGGCCUCCCCCUGCCCAGCCCCCUCGUGCUGCCAGCCCAGCCCCUGCCCCCCGUCCUGCUGCAAACCCUCCUCCUGCGUGUCCCUCAUCUGCCGCCCCGUGUGCAGGCCCGCCUGCUGCGUGCCCGUGCCCUCCUGCUGCGGCCCUGCCUCCUGCCAGCCCAGCUGCUGCCGCCCGGCCUCCAGCGUGUCCCUGCUCUGCCGGCCUGUGUGCAAACCCUCCUCCUGCGUGUCCCUGCUCUGCCGCCCCACGUGCUCCCGCGUGGCCCGCUGCAGCCCCGCCUCGGCCCAGAAGUCCUGCUACUGACUGGGCACGUCCUCCAGGGCCAGCCGGGCACUAUGGGACACCGCACCUCUCCCACUGCCUCUGUCAGGAUGUAACCCCAGCACAAGCUUCAGCACUCAUCGAAGCGUGAAUGCUCGCUGACCUCAGACCCCAACAACCAGGGUUCAGCCUGCAGCCUCCACAUCAGGCCCGGGUGAACCUGAGACGGCCCUCCCCUAUUACUGGUGGCUCCCUGGUUGUUUCUGAUGGCCAGGGCCCCAGCCCUUCCCCAUAGCCUUACUGGGGCCUCUACCCUCUACCCGGAAGCCAUUUGCCCUCCCCACCUUGGACGUGUCUUGAACAGAAUGAAUAAACUCGCCGUCCUUGCC